AUGCCUCUGGAGGUUCGCUUUAAAAUCUUCUAUGAGCUAUGGGAAGAUCGUGACUUUGACCUCCUCAUGGUCAUUAAAGAUUACGAAGACAGACACAAUGACGAAAAUCCCAUUACUCUUGCCUCUAUUGCCUUUGUACACUUCUCUAAGCGGCCAAACACACACUGGCCGAAUGACAAGAUACCGUGGGACAGAUACGCUCCAUGCCUUGUCAAAACCGAGGUUCUCUGGUUCAAUAGGAGGAUACACGGCGGAACUCGCAGCAAUACGAAUUACUUUGACGUUUUCAACUUGAUGAUAUCGUGCAAGCAGCUGUGGGAAGAAGGGAGUCUUGGGUAUUGGCGCCAUAAACAGCUACAACUUGGCAUUUCCAGAGAGUUUGGAGAAAUCCCACUAGGUGACGAGGACGAGUGGUCCAUGAUCCAAUGCAUAAAUAGUAAACUCUUGGGCGGCAUUAUCGGCGACAACGUUCGCAAUUUAACGCUGAGAUUCGACGACAAGGUGUUGAACUGCCGUGUAAACCGUUGCGAUACUUUACCCGGCAUUGUGAGCUGCAAACGCCAUGCAGACGACACUUUCAUGCCAAAGCUUCAAUGGGCUCGAGAUACAAUCAUGAAAGCUCUCAAGCUCUUUACCAACGUCACAAGUCUGGUGCUACUCAUCGAAAACAACCGCAUAUUCGACUUGUACAAUAACAUUGGAGUCUUUGGCGAAAUCAUGGAAUUUGUUAAAGAGGAGAGGCCCAUGAUCAAAGCAAUACGCAUUAAAGGCGGGCAAUGUGCUGAUCUUGUCAAGCUUUGGAAUGUUGAGCUCGAUGCCUCUCAAACGUUAUUUCUUGUUAACCUCCUCGUCGGUGUAUUUAAUCUCAUCCUCUUCCUCUUCCUCUUCCUCAACCUCCUCGUCAGUGUAGUCAAUCUCAUCCUCUUCCUCUUCCUCUUCCUUAACCUCCUCGUCGGGGUAGUCAAUCUCUUAUUCUUCCUCUUCCCCUUCCUCUUCCCCUUCCUCUUUGUGUCCGACCGGGGUCUGAACACCGCUCAUCUCAGUGUCUAUGGCCUCCCCAGAGGCAGACACAGGAGGAGCGAGGGCGGCGUCAGACAAACCAGCUUCUCUAGCGCUGGUAGGGGGCCCCUCUCUCGGGCAGAGAGAAACCAGCUCCGCCGAGCUGGAUUGUCGGACGCCGCCAUCGUUGCCCUCAUGGUGAUGGGUCCUCUUGCUGGCCUUGCGCCUACCGCCGCCGCCGAAGCCCCGGCCCCUCCCGCGAACUCCGGUGGCGUUCGCCCGGUGCUGGUCUUCCUCCCAAUACCUCAAUCAAUCUUUUCACCCCUCUUUAGAGCAAUAGAGCAAUAG